UCAUGAUAAUUUACAUCACUAGGUAUACUCAUAGUUAAAUAAAUUAUUGCUAUAUAAAUAAUUACGUUUCUAAUGUUUUUAAUUUAGUAUCUUAAGACAUGCUAGCUAAAAGAAGGUGCAAUAGUACAAUAUCUAAUGGUUAUAAACUACUUUAUACUCCAACGGUGGGAAUUUGUAAAUGUUGGUCCUAUGUAAAGUAUGAAUUAAAAUAACUAAAACAUUAUUUAUUUUUUAAAAUAUACAACAGAAAUAAUUUUCCAAAAAAUACAAAUUAAAAAAAUGUUAUUUUCACUUCAACUAGCAAAGUGUAAGGUAUCUAGAAAACUUAUGAAUUAUGAUGCUUAAAAAUAAUUUGUGUAUUUUUGAUUAAUAGGUCCUUGAAUUUAAUUUAAAGUUUAUGUUGUAAACUUUAAAGGAAUUAAUGAAUAUAUUUUUAGUACCUAGUUAAUAAGGUAGGUACUUAAUUACUAAUAUUGUAUAAUAUUAAUAAUUUAUCUACUGUAAUUGAGAACUUGUUAUCAGUACUCACUACUGUUCUUUAAUAUUAUAAGUGAUGGAAAUUGCCAUAAAAGUAAUCGGGAUUUGUGAUAAAUAAAGAAGAUGGUAUAUCAAAUAAUAAUACCUAUAAUAACAAUUAAUAACACUAUGUAAACCUUAUAAAUUACAACUUUAUCAUAGUUAAUAAACAAUUGAUAAAACACUUCAAAAGUUCAAAACUAUUUAAUUUACCUUCUUGGGCUAAUCGUUCUUCAUGACAUUGUAUAGAAUAUUAUAACUGUAUCUUUUAAUUUUUACAAAAUACAAAUAUUAUAUUUAAAUCAAUUAGAAGUAGAUUUCAAAUACUAGGUUCACAAUUAUGUGUGUCAUAUUCAUUAGUACUGUACAACACAUUGAUGGUGGAUAUCGAUUGAUUGUUGCAUCUAACCGAGAUGAAUAUUAUAAUCGUAAAACAUUGCCAGCAAACUAUUGGGCAGAGGACCAGGACGUCAUUGGAGGACGUGAUUUGACGACAUCAAAUGAGGGAGGCACUUGGUUGGCUCUUAACAUCCGUGGUAAGUUGGCUGCUCUAUUGAAUGUGUUUGAACUAAAUAAAAUACCAAACGCUAAAUCAAGAGGCGAACUGGUUAAGAACUUUGUAAAAGGCAAUUCUUCAGCCAUAGAAUAUUUGCAAGAAUUGCAAGGAUCGCAAAAUGUGUAUAAUGGAUUUAAACUGAUCACUAUUACCAUAAGCAAGUUAUCUUUAGAAACACAUUUCUUUACCAAUUUUGUACAAGAUGGAGGACCACCUAUGAAACACCUACAAAAGGAUGUACAAGGAUUUGGAAAUGGACCUUUUUUAAAAGUGGCAGAGGGAGAGAAACGUUUUAAUGACAUUGUUAAGAAAUAUGGACAUAGUCACAAUAAAGAUACAUUGAUCAAAGAACUGCUAGGAGUUUUGAAAUGGGAUAAACUACAUUAUCCUGAUGAAGAGUUGAUCAAACGAACUCCAAAAUUCCCUGGAACUGAUAACCAGAAGCAAUUUAGUUCCGUUUUUGUAGAAAUGCCAACUCGACAAUACGGAACUCGAACACACACAAUAAUACUAAUGGACCACGAUGGAAAAGUAGAAUAUAACGAAUGGUCCAAGUCUGGUUCAAUUUGGAACCAUCAAUGUUAUACGACUGCACUAAAAUGUGAAAUAUAGAAUAUGUACUUUAUUGUGUUUUUUUAGAAAGGUUCUUGAAUUUAAAUUCAUAUACUAAACAGAGGCGUACUGGAAGGUAUGCGGCCAUGUAUUCUACAGUAGUAAAUUAAUAGAAUAGAUGACCGCAUAUAAUUAACAAUAGUAAUAACCAGAGCUUAGGUAUAACUUAUAGCUCUAAUAAAGGUUGUUAUAAGCUCAAUAAUAUACUCUUAAAAUCAUUUGUAUAAAUGCUUAAAUAUGCUCAAAAAAUACUAAAAUAUGAAGAAAAAAAUAUUAAGUUAAAAAAAAAAAUUGAAUAAUAUUACAUCAGAAAAAUUAUUGUUCAUUGUGUCAUGGUACUCAAAUGUUUUGAAGGCUACGGUACUGAAAUGGACACUAAAGAGCAUUAAAAUUCAAAAUAUGCAAACGUAUGAAACAGACAUACUAUUUCAAAAGUACCUAUAUUAAUUUUUAAGUAUACAAAAAUCAUUUUUGAAACUUAUAAAAGUCAAAUUUUUUGAAGGUCAGACAGAAGGUGGUACUAAAAUAGCUUUUGAACUUUGAAAUGUGCAACAUACAAUUUCCUAUUUAGCCUCCUGGUAAUCUGGUGUUCUGAAACAAAUUUAUAACUCGCUUAGGCAUCUCUAAUACAUUUCAAAAAAUAUAUGCAAAACUAAUAAGCAAUAUUGUCAAAAUUCACCAGUCCCAACCAACAUAUUGAUCUAACUAAGUGUGCUGCAGCAUAGUAGCACAAUUAGCGUGGGCACAAUUGAGGGUCUUCGCUCCUCCCGUUUUAUGAUGUGCCCGACAGUUUUUAAUCAUUUUAGUUAUAUCAAUUAUCAUGGUCUGUGCUGCUGAUACAAUUCUGGCCUCCUAGAAAAUUUUCACAAGUUGCCUAUAUGACAUUGAAAUUUUUUUUUUAACAUUUAUUAGAUUAUAUACAAUCUGUAAUAUAAUAUUUACAAUAAGCAUAUGUGCUGAAUUUAUUUACAUGGCUUUUGAAUGCGGGAGGUGAAUAGCUACCCAGCAGUAACACUCGACACAUUCAAAUUUAAACUGAAAAUAUAAUAUUAUGGAUGUUUGUUUAAAACAUUUUGAAACAAUAUUAUUUUUUUAAACACCUUUAAGUAUAAUAUAUGAUUUAUUAACAAAUGUGAUAUUAGUAUAUGUACUUACAUAAUUUUAUAUAUCUGAUAAUUUAAAUUAUUAUAAGAAGAAUUAUAUUUUUGUAUAAUUAUUGAUUUCACCAUGUAAAAAUAAAUAUUACAUAAUAUGUA